GUGGUACUGGUAAUGAAAGUAAACACAGGGGAGAUACGACGACGUAUUACAGACUUGUGAAUAAAGACGAAGAUUACGAGAAAAUAAUCAUCGAACAACAUGGGGCACGGUGGCUAUGGCAAGCGCAGCGCAGCCGCGGCGGAGCGGAAGAAACCGGCGGGCCAGCGGCGGCCUAAAACCCUUUCCGUCGACAAGAAAUCGAAGGCUAACAAGCCUAAAUCCGUCUCUCUCAAAAAUCAAAUUCGCUCCACUGAACGCAUGCUCCGCAAGGAUCUGCCUCCCGAAGUGAAGGAAGCGCAGGCGAAGAAGUUGGAGGACCUCAAGAAACAACAAGAGAUUCACAAUCGUUUGGCGUUGGAGCGUAUUUUAUUUAUUCGUGACAGAAAGAUCAAAUUUUUCGAGAGAAGAAAAAUCGAAAGAAGGAUAAGACGGUUGGAGAAGCAGCAGCGUACUUCAACUGUUCACUCUCAGGAAACGGAGAUUGCGGACCAACUGUCUGAGUUGAAAGAAGAUCUUGAAUAUGUCAAGUUCUUCCCAAAAACUGAGAAAUACGUCUCCUUAUUUAUGGGAGGUGAUGAGGCAGAAAUUGUAGAUAAAAGAAAUAGGUUGCGUAUGCAAAUUAAGGCUAAUCUGAUUGCUGCUGCAGCAAGUGGAAAGGAUUUGGAAGAAACAGGGAGUGAAGAUGACGGUCUAUUGGAUGCCAGCGAGGACGAUUUUUUCUUAAACGGAAGCUCUAGUGAUGAUGCUGAUGCAGACGAUGAGUGGAGUGCAAGGGAGCAAGUCUCUAGUGCUUCGGGUAAAGCAACAACAUCAGGAGUUUCCAGUGAUGAAAAGAAUCAGAGGCUGAGAUCUGCUCGUGCACUAAUGCCACCACCCGGUCCAUCGGGCAAGCCAAUUUCAAAUUCGGUGAAGAAUAAUAGCAAAUCAAGAUUCGCAGCAUCUUCUUCGGGUAAGAAGAAAACAUUUAACAGAGGCGAAAUAUCGACAUCUAGCAAUACAUCGAGUAGCAUAGGCAGAUCUUCUUUUCGAAAUAGAGGCGGCAAUGUUGAUUCCACCACCGGAAAUAGUGGUAACAUGAGCUCUAAUUCCGAUGCUAGAAAACCUCGUAGAAAAAGGAGGCCUAAGAAGAAAAGGCAACAGUAAUUGAAGUUGAGAAUCUAAUACUCCGACUUUCUUUUUCUUUUUUUCUUUAAAUAUUGUUGCGGUUCAUUGUGUAUCUAUUGUCGAUGUUAUUUCGAAUUCCAAUCUUUACUCGUUAAGCUGAAUUAUUCGCUCUGUUAUCCACUUUUGACUGUGCAAAUUUAUAGGGAAAAAUCAAAAAUAUAUAAUGUAUAUUGAUUCUGGAUUCUGGAUUGUCA